AUGAGGCGGGAGUCAAAAGGAGUGCCGAUGCUUGGCAAAGUGGAGAAACAGAAUAAUGUUUGUCAGCUUCUUUCUUCUCUGAACACAAAUGAGCCAGGACUCAGCGGUAGAUUUUGGGAAAAAGCAGUGGACAGAUCGUACGGGGAUUGGAGCAUUCGAGCAGAUGUUUCUUUCGUCGUUAACCUCACUGAAGUAAGUCCCUUUAUGGCUUAUCCAAGUAAAAUUUAUGAACCACCAGAAGAAUGCUCCAAGUAA